UUACAUUCGGUUCGAUUCAUACCGGUUUAGUUCGAUCUUGAUUCACAGUGUUAACAAUAGGGAUUGCUGCAAGGUUUUGUUGCUUCGAGUUUCCCUCGAAAAUUUCCCUCCGCCAUUUUUGCAGCUUCUUUCGAAAAUUCAAAUCGUCUGGCAAAACCGUCCCCACUAGUCUCUACACGAAAUUACGAAAUGGCUUUCCAAACAACGGAGAAAUUUCACCCGAAUCAUUAGCCUCUCUCGUUGCCGUCUCCGGUUUUCAUCGCCGUUUUCAUUAUAAUCUUCGUAUUCAAGAAUUUCUCGGGCUGUUUUACAUUCUUCUCCGAUAAGAUGGAGAAAGUGGGUGAUACAAUGGGGAUUCCUGGAUCAAGACAAGUGGAUCUGAAUAAAUCCUUCAAGCUUGCCGUUCGUUCUCUUCUCACUGCUUGUUCAAAACAGGAUUUUGUCAAGGCCUUCUCAAAGUUUAGCGGUGCUGAGCAAGAUCGUCUGUAUGGGCUAUAUAUACAGGUCAUCGCGUCUUUGUAUCAGAACAUAGAGAAUGAGUUUGAAGCAUUAUGUCAAGAAACUCAGGUCGGAGCUAUUCUUGAUACAGUAGAGCAACUUGCUGAAGAACAAAGCUUGGAUCCUCUGUAUACGGACAAGACGAACGUGAUGGACAUAGCGAAAGAUCUAUCUACAGCUAAGAAGCAGGAGAUCCAACAGUUGACAGAUUUGCUUCAACGGGCCGAAGAACACAAUCGCCUAAUGGAAGCUCGGGUAAAUCUACUAAGGAAAAAAGCGCAAGAGUCCUCGGGCAUGGCUGAUGCAGUAGAGAAGAUCAAAUCUAGGGUUUUAGGUUACUGCUCAAGCAAUGAAAGUGCUCCAUUGAAGCAGUUGUAGAGAAUGAAGAGCAAAGCCCUGCUACUUCUCUUUUCCCUUAUGAGUUAUUAUGGUACUGUUAUCCAAAAUCUAUAAAUCUUGUAUGAUGCAUUUAUGCAUGUGUUGUGCUUAACACUAGUUGUUGAAUGUAGAUUUAUAUAAUUAAUAUU